AUGUUCAAGUAUCAGUAUGAUUCGUUUGUAUUCAACUUACGCGCACUGGAAACCCUUUGGAGCAUUCCUACUACAAACAUUGAGGAGUACGCUGAGAUUGAUAGGAAGGUUAAUAUUGACAAUUCCAAGAAUGCUAGCUUUGAGCGCAGUGCAGAGGCAGGCCGCAGCCUCAAGGUCAGCCAAGCCUUGGAUGAGCGAGCAACAUGGCUUUACAGGUCCACUAGAUUGAGCACAUUGGCACAAGUACUGAUCUGUAUAGGACAAGUCCCUGUGGUUGCAGAGGUGCAAGUGAAGAAGAGGAGGUUGAGAGAAACGAAGAGUGCAAGAGAGGUUCUUGGAGCCAUAUGUUUGUAUAGUACAAAAGAUCAAGAAGUAGUAGUGAUAUUCAUUAGGAGAAAAAUGAGAAGGGGUUUAGUUGACUAA